AUGUCGCUGUUAUAUUAGAUUUAAUAUGCAUUAGCAUUACCAUUGGCCAUAUUUACAAAGCAAUUUGCCACCGUGGUAAAUUACCAUGCUUUUUUUCUAACAAUAUUAAAAUAAAUAACGAGCUCCUACAUGCAUUUUAGUAGUGUUUGUUUGCUAGUUCUGUAACACUAACAGCAUAACAAGCCACCUCUUCCAGGUUAUCACACAAAUAACAUGUACUACUUUUGUAACAGUAGUUUUAGAAUCUCAUUGGCGGUCUUUAGAAUUUAAGCCGAGUGAGAAACGAUAAACAAAGUAUUAUUCCGUAUUGUCCGCUUCAUUCCUGAGAGGAAAGAGUUGUGUUUUGGUCUGCAGCAGGCAUGUGAUGAUGAAGACCCUUUAUUGAAGAUCGCCACAAAGAAGUAGAUUUGAGGGUGUGGAUAUUACAGUAUAACACUUUUUGGUUUGGUCAGUGCAAAAGCUGAAAAAACAGUCCUUUCUGUACGACAAAAGCCAAACUGGGAUGGCCCAGUGCCAUACCGCAUUCUUGCUGAAUACUGAAGAAAGGUAAAGUCGAAUCAGCAACGAAACGGGACUAAGGGAUCUCAACAGAACGAAUCACGUCCAAGCAAUGACUGGGUUCUACUGACAUAUGUAUUCGCAGAGAGUGAAGUCUGGCAAAGACAAAGUUCCCGAGCGGUCUCCUAUGAUGGAGGGUGGUAUGCAGCUCCUCAACAGGGAUGGUCACAGCAUCUCACACAACUCCAAGCGGCACUACCACGACUCCUUCGUGUCCAUGAAUAGGAUGCGGCAGCGGGGAGUGCUGUGUGACAUCGUGCUGCACGUGGGGGCCAAGGAGAUCAAGGCACACAAGGUGGUGCUAGCGUCUUGUAGUCCUUAUUUCCAUGCAAUGUUUACAAACGAGAUGUCAGAAAGUCGACAGACCCAUGUGACUUUACAUGACAUCGACCCGCAGGCCCUGGAGCAGCUGGUGCAGUAUGCCUACACGGCAGAAAUCGUGGUUGGAGAGGGAAACGUACAGACUCUUCUACCUGCUGCCAGCCUCCUUCAGCUCAAUGGAGUCCGGGACGCUUGCAGUAAGUUCCUCCUCAGUCAACUGGACCCUUCUAACUGCCUUGGCAUCCGGAGCUUCGCGGAUACACACUCCUGCAGCGACCUGCUCAAGUCGGCUCACAAGUACGUCCUUCAGCAUUUUGUGGAGGUCUCCAAGACAGAGGAGUUCAUGCUGCUGCCACUUAAACAGGUGCUUGAUCUGAUCUCCAGUGACAACCUGAAUGUCCCUUCGGAGGAGGAAGUGUAUCGGGCUGUGCUCUGCUGGGUUAAACAUGACAUCGACAGCAGAAGGCAGCAUGUACCCCGGCUGAUGAAGUGUGUGCGGCUGCCCUUGCUGACACGGGACUUCCUUAUGAGCCACGUGGACACAGAGCUCUUGGUGAGGCAUCACUCCGAGUGCAAGGACCUGCUGAUAGAGGCUCUCAAGUACCACCUGAUGCCCGAGCAGAGGGGGGUGCUGAGCAACAGCAGAACCAGGCCCAGGAGGUGUGAAGGAGCCAGCCCUGUGCUGUUCGCUGUCGGGUUGUGCUCUGCAGGUGGGGGCAGCCUGUUUGCCAUUCACGGCGACUGCGAGGCCUAUGACACCAGAACAGACAGAUGGCACAUGGUGGCAUCCAUGUCCACCAGGAGAGCUAGAGUGGGUGUCGCUGCCAUAGGGAACAAGCUGUAUGCUGUGGGAGGAUACGAUGGUACUUCUGACUUGGCUACUGUGGAGUCAUAUGACCCUGUUACCAACUCAUGGCAGCCUGAGGUUUCUAUGGGAACCAGACGCAGCUGCCUGGGUGUAGCAGUGCUACAUGGCCUACUGUAUGCUGCUGGAGGGUAUGAUGGAGCAUCAUGUUUAAACAGUGCAGAGAGAUAUGACCCUCUCACAGGUACCUGGACAUCUAUUGCUGCUAUGAGCACCAGAAGAAGAUACGUCCGGGUGGCAACGUUAGAUGGGAAUCUCUAUGCUGUGGGUGGAUAUGACAGCUCUUCUCACUUAGCAACAGUAGAAAAAUACGAUCCACAGACAAACACAUGGACCUCCAUUGCUAACAUGCUGAGUCGCAGGAGCAGUGCUGGGGUUGCCGUGCUGGAGGGGAUGCUGUACGUAGCUGGAGGGAAUGAUGGGACAAGCUGCCUCAACUCUGUGGAGAGAUACAACCCCAAAACAAACACCUGGGAGAGCGUGGCUCCAAUGAAUAUCAGAAGAAGCACCCACGAUCUUGUAGCGAUGGACGGAUGGCUCUACGCCGUGGGUGGCAAUGAUGGGAGCUCGAGCCUCAACUCCAUCGAGAAGUACAACCCGCGCACCAACAAGUGGGUCGCUGCCUCCUGCAUGUUCACCCGGAGGAGCAGCGUCGGGGUGGCUGUGCUGGAACUCUUAAACUUCCCCCCUCCAUCCUCUCCCACCCUCUCGGUGUCCUCAACAAGCCUUUGACAAAGAAUGAAGUCUCGCCUUACCUCUGCCGGACUCCAGUGUCUGUCAAAGAGAAGGAACUGCACAGUGUGACCCUGGAAGAAGCCAGGGCCUGCUGUCUGUGUUUACUCACAGCGCUGUUUCGGCAACAAGAAACUCAAGCGCUCUGCGGGCAACUGGGAAAAAAAAGCUGGCCCUCACACAAACACUGCCACUUGACUGUGGUCAUCAUAUGUAUCAUAAUUACAUGUACUGUAGUCCUGAAUUGCUUAGUUUUAGUCGAAGAGUAAAUGAAUGGUUUACUUAGGGAUGUGCCAGGUUGACUCUUUCUGCCGUGCAUGUGUACUGGAAUUUUGUCUUUCUGGCAAAAUAUUAAGCGGCAGUGCUACUGAGCUCCAGUAGGGGGAGACAUUGCAUACUGUGGUUGACUUGUGAAACAGACUUGAUUUUACAGAUGAAGGCCAAUGCUAGUUUCGAAAAAAGAUAACAUUUUCUCAGUUCAGUCACCGAUUAGGGAUAUUAAGGCAUUCGCCAAGCAGCAAAGGGACCGCAGAGACUUCCGUUCGGCUGUUCGACAAAGUUAAUAACAAACUGAUUGAAUGAUUUACCAGGAAGUAAGCGUGCCAACUUCUUUUACUUCUUUCUUUACAGUCCCAACCAGGAUCCCGUGUAGUUCCUACUUUAAAAAGACGUAAACAUCUACCAAAAAUCUAAAUAUAACAAACUGAAUUGAGGGUGGAGACCAAACAUACGACUGUCUGCUUAACACUAGCACACUCUGGGAUCGUGAGACUUGAGAGGUCUAGAUCCUCUAUAAAUUUUCACCCAUAAUGAAUCUAUUUGCAUACAUUUGAGACAAGGAAUAUGGUGCAGCAGCAAACACUAAACAGUUAUACUCUGUAAAAAAAAAAAAAAAAAAAAAAUAGAUUAAAGCAAGAUGAUUUGAGACAUAUGUUUUCUUAAGUAUUUUCAUGUAUUUAUUUAAUAUUAUUAUUAGUGUUAACGGGACAAAGCCCUUAAUAAUAAACCACCCCACUGUCAAUGCUGUCCUGGAGAGUGUCCCAUAACCUACAGCUAAAUUCGUUCAUUUGAAAAGGUCCAGUGUCCUUUAGCUUUUAGGAUGUUACUCUUCAAUGCUGAAUGAAACACAGGCACGCAAGUAAAAUACUCUUUACCUCUUAUCUACGGCUUUGAAAGUAUCUCCUGAUUUACUGCCUUUUUAAGUGUAUGUUUAGUUUAAUUUAAAAAAUAAUAAUAAUUAAAGAAAGAACUGUGGCCCUUCACCCUUGGAUUACAUUUUAAUAUCCUUGUAACGACUUUUAAAAGUUACAAAUAACAAAACGAACACCACCUGUCAUGAAGAUGUACUGACAGUCUCACCGCUAUCACAGGUUUAGUUUCUUGGUAUAAGGAUAUCGGUGGAAACAUUUAAAUAUAAUCCUGGGCUUCGUCAGAUAACUGAUGAAACUACUGGACAAUGUUAAGUUUGUGUGCAUCUCUCCCUGUUGCCAAUCCAUACCCAUAACUUGAAUGGUUCAUUUUGACACUUUCACGGAUACAGGCUCACUGAAAGUUUUGUCGUUGUUGUUGUAAUUGUUGGAAGUUGCUUGUUUUCUCCAGAUAUAUGAUUUCUAAGCUGUUGCUGCAGUAGCUCUGCUGUGAGUCCACCCCCUCUUUGGUGGUUUAAUACUGUAAAUGUACGUCUCUGUUGGUGUCUGGUAUCCUCUUGGAUGCAGGGUAAUAACGCUAUUGAGGGUAUUAAAGCUCAAUCAGACUCUCUAGUAUCUCAACAAUAGGUCCAGAUGGGCUCGCGCUUCUUUUAAAAGGAGAAAAACCAAAGCGAAAGGGCCAUGAGGUCAACUAACGUGACAAAAACAACACAAGGGGGUCAACUGCCAGGGUCUGCUGUCUUUAUGCUUCAAGGAGGCCAUGACAGCAGAUUGCACUAUGCGUAUAUAGACCCCUUUGACCUGCAAGGUAUUUAUAUAGUAUGCACUGUGAACGACUUGGUUCACACCCUGUCUGCCUGUGUUUAAUGGACAGGAAUACAAUGCAACCUGGGGUAUUAAUGAAUGUGUUCUCUUGAAAAUGCUAAAUAUUCCCAGUGGAAUGAUAUGAAGCAACACCAAUAGGAUGUUAACCCACUUGUUUGAAUGUUAUGCAACUACCGAAGGGCCACAGCAUGUGAAGUAUCGUGCAGGUGAGAAACGAAAGAAACAAAGUGAGAAUUUCCCAGUCCUGAAACCGUUCUCCUCUGUAAGUGAGUAUGAAGCGAUGUAUCAUAAUAACAGUGUUCACUUCGGAGUUUCUGGAACCACACUGUACUGUAAGAAUAUGACUGUAAAGUCCAAGGUUUAGUGAUUCAAAACAGUAUUUCAGAUAAGACAUUCCAGGCAUCAACAGAUAUCCACCAUGUUCAUGUUUUUACAGUGCGUAUAGCAGAUAUUUCAAAUGUAUGUAACUUGGGUUCAUUAGGACUGUAAACAUCUAAGAAGUUGCGUUUUGCUUUGUUUCAGUAUUUCUCUUUCCCUUAUACUACUUACAAGGUGAAGAAAGCAUUGGCCACAAAAUGCUCAGACAUGCCCAGGACUGGUAUUAGAUUAUUUUUUUAAUGUAUUACUAAGUUUGAGCACUGUAGUGGAACUGUCAGUUUUUUUAUUAUUCAUGUUCAUAUUGCAUCUUGGAAGAAUGAAGUGCAAAGACAUUUUAUUUGUGAAAAGAAAAAAAAAAACAGCUGAGGAGAUGUUUGCUUGAUAUGGAUGUAAAUGUAACUUCUUAAGUUUAUAUUGUUUCCUGUUAUUACAUGUGAACUGUAAUGUUUAUUUAUAUGUAAGUUAUGUUGAACAUAUUUAUGUGAAAUCCUUUCAUGAUUUUUGCAGUACAGUUAAGCAAAGCAAUACACUCUGAUGUAUAAAAUAAAACAUGUUUUUUUUUUUCAUG